AUGAAAAACCAACACUCGAUAGGCACUUUCGUGGCCAGAGACAGGACGCACAGUGUUGCCUCAUCGUCGAAAAGCUUCAAAGAGGACUUUCCUCAGAGGGAAAACGUGAACCCUGAGGCUGACAUCGACGAGCACUCCUUGAGGCACGCUUCUUACCCGAGGAAGAGGUGCACCAGGUGCGCCAGAGGUGAAGCACGGGACGGCAAGACGCUAAACCUGGCUAAAGCUCGACUAGAGGAUAUCCGAGAACAUGGACAGGACUAG